CCACGAUGCAGACACCAGAGACUGGGUCGGAUACAGGUUCAACUGUGACUUUGCAGACAUCUGUGGCUGGCCAGGCAGCAGUGCCCACACAGGUAGUGCAGCAAGUACCAGUUCAGCAACAGGUCCAGCAAGUGCAGACUGUGCAACAAGUACAGCAUGUGUACCCAGCCCAGGUUCAGUACGUGGAAGGAAGUGACACAGUCUACACUAAUGGAGCUAUCCGAUCAACAACUUAUCCUUACACAGAAACCCAGAUGUACAGCCAAAACACUGGGGGAAAUUAUUUUGAUACUCAAGGAAGUUCUGCCCAGGUGACGACAGUGGUCUCCUCUCAUAGUAUGGUGGGCACUGGAGGGAUUCAGAUGGGUGUCACAGGAGGACAGCUCAUUAGCAGCUCAGGAGGGACCUACCUGAUUGGCAAUUCAAUGGAAAAUUCUGGUCAUUCAGUGACUAAUACAACGCGGGCCUCCCCAGCUACAAUUGAAAUGGCGAUUGAGACACUGCAAAAGUCUGAUGGUCUGUCCACUCACAGAAGCUCUCUUCUCAACAGCCAUCUCCAAUGGCUUUUAGACAACUAUGAAACGGCAGAAGGAGUGAGUCUCCCAAGAAGUACCCUUUACAACCAUUACUUACGACACUGUCAGGAGCACAAGUUGGAUCCAGUCAAUGCUGCCUCCUUUGGAAAACUUAUACGGUCAAUCUUCAUGGGAUUACGGACCAGAAGACUUGGAACUAGGGGGAAUUCCAAAUAUCAUUACUAUGGGAUUCGUGUCAAGCCAGACUCUCCUCUUAAUCGACUACAAGAGGACAUGCAAUAUAUGGCUAUGAGACAACAGCCCAUGCAGCAGAAACAGAGAUAUAAGCCUAUGCAGAAAGUGGAUGGGGUUGCAGAUGGCUUCACAGGAAGCGCUCAACAGACAGGCACAUCAGUUGAACAAACUGUAAUUGCUCAAAGUCAACAUCAUCAACAGUUUUUAGAUGCAUCUCGAGUACUUCCAGAGUUUGGAGAAGUUGAAAUAUCUUCUUUGCCAGAUGGUAUUACCUUUGAGGAUAUCAAAUCACUGCAGAGUCUUUAUCGAGAGCACUGUGAGGCGAUACUGGAUGUGGUAGUAAAUCUUCAGUUCAGCCUGAUAGAAAAAUUGUGGCAAACUUUCUGGCGCUAUUCUCCCUCUGCUCCAACUGAUGGCACUACCAUUACUGAACCAAGCAAUCUGAGUGAAAUAGAAAGUCGACUUCCAAAAGGAAAGCUGAUUGCUCUGUGCAAAAAUGAGUCUAUUCUGAAAUGGAUGUGUAAUUGUGACCAUGUGAUGUACCAGGCUUUGGUGGAGAUUCUCAUUCCUGAUGUCCUUAGACCUAUUCCUAGUGCCUUGACCCAAGCCAUUCGCAAUUUUGCAAAAAGCCUUGAAGGUUGGCUUUCAAAUGCCAUGAACAAUAUUCCACAGAGGAUGAUACAAACCAAGGUUGCCGCUGUAAGUGCCUUUGCCCAGACUCUGCGAAGAUACACAUCUCUUAAUCACCUGGCUCAGGCAGCUCGUGCUGUGCUUCAAAACACUUCUCAGAUCAACCAGAUGCUCAAUGAUCUCAACCGUGUUGAUUUUGCCAAUGUCCAGGAGCAGGCUUCCUGGGUGUGCCAGUGUGAUGACAACAUGGUUCAGAGACUAGAAACAGACUUCAAGAUGACUCUUCAGCAGCAGAGCACUCUGGAGCAGUGGGCUGCCUGGCUCGAUAAUGUAAUGAUGCAAGCAUUGAAACCAUACGAAGGAAGACCCAGUUUUCCUAAAGCAGCACGGCAAUUCCUAUUAAAAUGGUCUUUCUACAGCUCGAUGGUGAUUCGAGAUUUAACCUUGCGCAGUGCUGCUAGCUUUGGCUCUUUUCAUCUGAUCCGCUUGCUUUACGAUGAAUACAUGUUUUACUUAGUAGAACAUCGUGUUGCUCAGGCAACAGGAGAGACACCUAUUGCAGUUAUGGGAGAGUUUGGAGAUUUAAAUGCUGUGUCCCCUGGAAAUAUGGAUAAAGAUGAGGGCAGUGAAGUUGAAAGCGAAAUAGAUGAAGAGCUGGAUGAAAAUGGAGAGCCACAAGCCAAGAGGGAGAAAACAGAGCUAAAUCAGGCAUUUCAGGUGGGCUGCAUGCAGCCAGUACUUGAGAGUGGAGUACAGCAGAACCUCCUGAACCCACUUCAUAACGAGCACAUUGUCACAAGUACGCAGACUAUCAGGCAAUGCAGUGCUACUGGAAAUACGUAUACUGCAGUCUAAUAUGAAAGCUUCCCUCCCCCUCUUCCCCUCCCCCCAGAUUGCAUUGGGCCUUUGGGCUUAAUAUGAGAAAAGAAAAAAGAAUAAGUCCGAAGGUUGACUGUUGUCAAAUUUUCGCCGCGCUGAACAUUAUUUUAUUGGAGUUGUGAAACAGAAAAGGGUGUAUGUAUUUUGCCAGAUGUGUUAAAAAAAAAAAUGUUUUGUAAACGAAAUCGUUUUACCUUGACCAUUCAAUAUGAAGAGUUUUCUUAGUUUCAAACGUCAAGGAAGAUUUUUGCAAUGCUUAACGUUAAUGUUUUUGUCCUCUUAUUAUAAUUUAAUUUUUUUCAUAGUUUAAAAAAAUUUAAUGUUUAAUAUUAGUUUUGAUGAUUUCAUAUACAUAGGUUUUUAAUUAGAUGCACUUCUGUGAUAUAUCAAAAGAACUAUUUUCUUUGAUUUACACUGGAGGCAUACUUAUUUGACAGCAGAUGUAUCAAAUUUGUUCUAAAAGGUGCUUUUCAUUGGACAGAACUAGAAGACACUAUUUUGAUAAAAUUGUGAGUGUUCAGGGGGAAUUUUUGUAAUAAUGCUGGAGGGCUGGGAAGUUCUACUGUUUUCUUUCUGUGAGAAAGAAGUGAGUUUAAAUGGCAGAAUUGUAAUAGAAUGUGGUAAUGAGUACGUAAUGAACGUACCUAAUUAUCUGAUCAUCGUGUAAACAAUGCAAGCUUCCUUUAAAAUCAACAGUUCCAGAUAUUAUUUGCAUACCAGUUCCUCUGUUUUGAAGAAAACUGAUUCUAUAUUUGGGACCACUGAACAGGUGCUUUUGGCUGUUGAGUGGUAUUGGAGUUGUGAGAAACUGAAGCUGAAAAAGAAGUGACUUGAUUAUUAUUAUUAAUUUUUAAGUGUACGUGCUACUUAUGCUGAACUGGACAUACAGGAAAACAUUCCCUUUGGAUGACUUUCUUCUAUUCCAGGUCUUUUCUUACUAGUGGUUCGGUCUGCUGCUCUUAUAAAAGAUGAUUUGUAGAAUGCAAGGAAUGUAGCAACCUGCAUCAUUUUCCUUUCAAAAAUAUUUCCUUGUUCUUAAAGUGGAUUUAAAUUUUUACAAAAAUUAGAUAAGGCAGUGUAACUGGCACACCUCACUUAUACUUAUUCCCAAUUGUGUAGAAUUUGAAUAGGUGGCUAGAUGGACCAUUGCCAUUUAAGAAUGUACAUCAGGGAUCAUUGUACCUCGGCUAUUACAUGGUGCCUUAAAGAGAACUGAAGCUAAGACUUAGUACUUUUUGUUAUUAUUAACUCUUAAAUUAAUUCUACAAGGUGUGCCUGUCAUUCUCAAAUUCCCUAAGAAGUAAGGACAGGUUACAUAGUCUUCAAAAGAAUAAAGGAUUUUUUUAUUAUUAAAUGAUUUUAAUAUCCCUCCUAGAAUGACAAUAAACAUAUUUUUUCUUAUUUCUAGCUGGAUUUCACUUUAUUACAGAUAAAAUUUGCUUGGGUAUUUGGAAGGCAAAACGAGCUUUAAUAGCAACUUCAAAUGUCAAAAUAGAUUGACCCUGGUCCCAAGCAUGAUUAUAUAUUUUCUAAACCCUUGUCUAGUUAUAAUUUUGAAAAGUAAGAAGAACUAAAUGAGCAGGUACAUAAUGCAGCACAUGUUUUCAAUUUGUAUAUUUUGUGGGGUAUCAGCCAGAUACUACAUUUUAAUGGUUAAAUCUCAUAAUAGUCGGUAUUAAUUGACAGUCAGCAAUUGAGAUUUUUCUUAUUAAACAUUUCGUUAUGCUUAAAGCAGACACAAGAAUUUGGUACACAAAAAUAGUGAAAAUAAAUAAGCAAAACAGCCAAAAAGGGAAGGAGAGCCCAAAAAAAUCAACUUUAUUGAGCAAACUGUAUAAAAAAUUAGGGGUUCUUUUAUUUUGGUUUAUCUGUUGUGUCUGUAAAAUGAUCUCUCAAGGUCAUAUAUACCAAAUGGGUGACAGGCAUGUGUAAUGAACUGAAAUUUUUAGCAAACAGUUCGUUACUAGAGUUUACAUUUGCUCCAAGUACAGCUACAGAUCAAUUAAAAUGUCCUAACAUUAUUGGUGUUCAAGAUGAUUAAUUUUCAAUUACUUUGCAGAAUUUGGAGGCCAACCCAUCCAGCUCAUUCUGUGUAGGCAUAAUUCCAACUAAUGCCAGUAGAUGGUUUUUGCCUCAACAGAGAGUGAAAAUGAGGUUUAUAUUCAUUAUUUCUAAGCUCAUAUAUGCACUGACUCUCAUAACAGAUUUUGUUCUCACAUAUAUCACUCAGUAUGUCCUGAUUUUUCCUCAGAAAUCAGUACAUCUGCAUCCAUCACCAAAAAUCCUAAAACUAAGCUGUGAUAAAUAUUUACUCCCCUUCAUUGUGCAUUAUAAGAUGUUUACAAGUAAAAUAAAGUGAAAAAAAUCAACAUUUUUCAUUUUCAGCUUUUUUUAAAUGCUGUAGUAUUGGUUUCAGUUUUUGUUUGACAAACCUUAAAUGUUUUGUUCUUGUCCUUCAUUGGUUUAACGUUGGAUUUGUUAUUGCUGAGAGAAGAGUAAGAUUGUAAUAGGUAAAUCUAGAUUGCUAGAAGAGGUGGGACCUGAAUAUAGUUCGUUAUUCAGCUCCCCACUCCCACCCAGUUGUUCACUGUUCACAAAGUGCAAAGCAAAGCAAAGUGAAAUGAAUACACAGAUGGAAUGUAUUUUGUGGCUUCUAAGAGCAUAGUCAUCAGAAGAAAUUGGAACUAUCCCAGGUUUAGAAAACUGAAUAGUCUUUGUAUUCCUAUGAUUAUCAAAUUAUUAUUCUUUAAAAUUUUUGAACACUAUUUGCCCAUACUUUUUUAAUUUAUUUUUUAGAAGAAUUAAGUUGCUGUAAGCUGCUUUGUGUUCUUACAGGUUUGGGGGAGGGGGGGUGUUCUGUUUUGUUUCUAUAUUUACUGGAGUUUUAAUCAAACAUACUUAGGCAAAAACAUUUUGCACACUCUUGCUAUUGUUAAUAAUCUGGUAUUAGUAAUGAUUAAACUACAGAGAUAUGAAUACCUCAGUCCAGAUUCUAUAAUGUGUAGCAUGUGGUUGCAUUGCCGCACCAGCUCCAAAGUCUACUCUUAGUGCUCUGGAGGGUGUGCAGCAUGUAUCCACAGGGCAGGCAUUAGGACGGUUCAUGUGGUUUAUGGAUUUUGUGUGAUCUUGACAUGGCAUCCAAUACAGUUAUUUUAGAGGCCUUUCCCCCAUUAGCACAAAUAGCACAGUGAACAGUGUGGGGGAAUGGGUAUUUUUGAACUACCUUUUCAAAACACAGGGCCCAAUUUUCAAAAGUUUUAUAUGAAAAAUUGUUGGUACAUUUUAAUCUUUUUCAUUAUAAAUGAGUUCUAAAACUUUUUUUCUUGUUUCAUUUAAUCAUUGUCUUUGUGUUUUACUCAUGUACUGUAGCAUGCUAUAAGCACCUUCCUUUAAAAAAGUUGCAUAAAAAUUUGGAAAAUAGAUUUUAUUUAUUUACCUAAAAAUAGUGAUUUACAGCCUUUAGUUUAAAAACAGGUGAAUAGAUAAUGUUUUGGUGUACUGUCAUUCAGGAAUGUAUAAGUCUAUGUACAAAUUUAAUUUAAAGCGAGGUAUUUUUAAAUAUCAAAAAGACUGCUUUUGUUCACCUUGUUCUCCAUAGGAGACCUGAUCUGAUAUCUUUGUUGUUCUCACUAAGUGACAUCUGCACUGUUUAGAAAAACUUUUCUAUUAGAGAUGCACUGCAAUCCAAUUUAGUUUAAAGUGGAUUUACAAAAUUAAAUCAACCAUUGAUAGCCAUAAAAACUUGGUGAAAAAAAUUGAAUCUAUUAAUAACGUAAGUAAUUUUUUGUACUUAUAUAUGACAGUAAUUUCAGAGUAUAAACAUUAAUUUGAGAGCACAGUAUGAAUUUCUGAAAAUUGGGCCCUUGUCUCUAAUGGGACAUCUGUGUAUAUGGUUUAAAACAAAUCAAUGAAUGGAAUUCUAGUAUCUCUGCUAAUUUGUUUGGUGAUUUAAGACAAACAAACAAAAAACUGGAAUAGAAGCAUAAACACACAGUGCUUAGUUCUAGUAUUAGAAAAUUAAUUUAAUGUAAUGCCUUCUGUUAACCCUUUGAGCAUUGUAAGUAACAUGAUGGGAACAAAACUUUUUACAUAAUUUAAUUAGUCCAUUGAACAUAUACUUUGAAAUAGCUGAUAGUAUUGUAGAGAAUGCUUUUUUAAUUUCUAAAUUAAAUACUUGCAUACUAUACAGGAAAGAUUUUGUUAUUAGGAGGCUUAAUAGAUUUAGGCAAAAUAUUCACUGCCGUUGAUGGUACUGUCUCAUGUAAAACAGUACUUCGGCUCCUUUGUUUUCAUAAUUGCAUAAAUAUAUAAAGAAAAUCAAAUGCGUGUUUCUACAGACAUUAAGUUGUCUUCUUCAAGAUGCCUUUAGCAGAUGAAGGUUUAGAAAAUACAUUAUGUUUACACUAUUUUGAAAAUAUCUUUAGAUAGGUUAGCAUUGGAAUAUGCCAGUACUAUAGAUGAGAAUCUUUGGGACUAAAAAAAGGCUUAGUGAACAAGAGUAAAUUUUACAGAAUAUUUAGUAGGUUUGCAUUGAAAUUUUCUGCAGUCUUUUUGAUAAACACAUCCAAAAAUACACAGUUAUAUUCAUACUACUUUUAACAUUCAGUCACUGCAAUAAUGAAUAACAAAAAUAUCAAGGUGUUUUAUUCAGCUUCAUCUACGGCGUGCAGUUUGGGGGGCCCUUACUGAAUGUCAGAAUUUUAGAAGCAGUCUAGAAAUUGCACCAGCCUUUUGCCAUGUUAGGAAGCCCCUCUGUUCUUAAAAUAGUGCUCAGAAGAACAAGGGGACAAGAGCAGAAGCAAGUAGACAUUCUUUGAAAAUACAGAUAGAAAUGCCAUCUUACUAAGUGAGAGUACUGUAUAUUUUCUACUGGUUUCUUGCAGUAUCAAUCAGUCAGCAAACACUUAAGUGCAGCUGUACUUUUAUUUAAGUCUAGCUGAGGGCAAAAAAGUCUAAUUUUAAGUUCUUUAGUGGGGAAUUAUGUCAGUAGUAUAGUGCAAGUAAGUUGUAAACAUGCAAAUUCAUGCAUAAAUAAAUAACAUAAAUGCAAUACUCAAAGGGUUUUAAUUUAACAACUUUUUUUGUUCAUGAUUUACUGUAAAUGCUUCUGAGUUUGCAUGCCUUGAUCAUUGCUGCUAGUGAUUUUAUGUGCCAGUAGACCUGAGUUUAAUUUACCAGUUUAACUUAAGAAAUAGUAAAAGCCACUUACAAAGUGACUGCCUAGUGUUUGUUUGAAGUAAAAAAUGCCUUAGUUUCAAAAUGAUCAUUUUAACUGUCUUAUUUUAUUCUGAUGUUUUUUUUCGUUUUCCUUUUGAAAAAAAAAUAAAUCAACAUGUUGGGAUUGGAAGCCCUGAGUAGUUAAAUAUUUGGUAAGAAUUGUUCUUGUAGAUUGAUCAUGAAGGGUGAAAUUCACUGUAGAAAAGAAAGCUAAGAACAAGUCUAUGAGCAUUAAAUGAGCCUCACUUAAAUCUGAAUCAGGAUAAUGUUCCUUGUAUAUUCUUAAGCACCUUCUUGAUUCAGGGUGCAGAUAUCUUAACAAGAAUUUUCAGUACUGAAUGAAUUUUACUCUGAAAUGAUAAAUGUCUUUGUUAAAGGAAUUUUGAAUUUGGAGGAACAACCACACAUUGAUUGGUAUUUACCAGGAACUCAGUUCAAUACUUUUUGACUCCCUGAUGUCAGCAAGAGGUUUUUAUGUAAGGAAUUUUAAAGGGUUGCCCAAGUAAAGUUUCCUUCAAUACAAUAUUAAAGUGAUUGCCUUGUAUUUAAACAUUAAUUAUCCAUCUUAAAGUAAAACAGUAAAAUAAUUUAAAAUAUGCCAGAAAAAUACCGUUUUGUACCAAAGCAAGUUGCCCAUCUCCACUCAUCUUCAUCGGAAAUUUGGAUUUACAGUUAAUAACCAAUGAGGCUGUUAAAGAAACUUUUGAGUGCCUUUCAAAAACUUGAAAAAUUGUGCCUGAGAUGGUAAACUUUAAUUAGGUUAAUUCUAGAGCUACCAAUCAGUAAUUUUAUCAUCACUCAGGGCUUUCUUACCUUCUAGGAAACUUCCUUGUUGCAUUUAUUUUAUAUUGUAUUUUGUUUAAGUGCCAUCCUUUAAAUUUCACUUAGUAAGUGGCAGAUUACAUUAUUCAGUCCCACAGCACAAAAACAUAAUAACACUAGGAAAUAUUCAAACUUUUAUUUUCCUGUUGACUGAAUAUAUUAUGUAAAUGAGGUAAGCAACUUUUUGUAGCUUGUAUGUGUGAGAUAAUGUAAUGUUCUUUUCCAGUUUUUGGACUACAGUUGAAUAUACUUUUUAAUUAUUUAAAGAAGACAUCUUUACAGAAUAACGUGAUGGUUUUUUUGUAUAAUGUAUUUGAUUUUGUAAAUACGUAUUUCCUGAUGUGAUUUUUGUGAGAAAUGCUAAAUCUUUUAGUAUAUCAUGUCCUCUCAAAAUUGGCAGGAGCUAAAUAAUAGUUUGUGGGCAAUUUGUAUUGUGUACUGUACAAUAACUGGGGAACUUUUAUAAUUAUAAAAAUAUAUAUUAACUUUUAGUGUGUUGUUUAAAAAAAUGACUGGAACAUACUAAAGACAGUAGGAUUUUUCUGAAUAUUUCAGACUUGAACUCAGGCUAGCUUUCUUGUGUUUUUCAAAACAAAAUUGUGUCUUGUCUUUUAAAAUCAAUAAAUUUGUUUUCUUGUUACAAA